AUGAUGCACCCGGCGCGCAAGGCGUAUGUAGAGGAUGCAGAGAUGGAGGAUCGGGGCGGCGUCACUUUGGACAAUAUCCCCAUCGAUCAUGAUUACGAGAUUCCCGCUACGGCAGCAGGUAUUCCUGCCGAAAAGGCCUCGGCACUGCUCUCCCAGUUCGAACGUAAGAGGCUAGCGGCCAGCAUUGCCGUGCCUACCAAGGAUGAGCAGGUGCGGGCCAAGCUCCGCGAGCUCGGAGAGCCCAUAACGCUUUUCGGCGAGGGCCCGGCAGACAGGCGCGACAGACUACGAGAGCUUCUGACAGAGCAGCUGCAGAAGGCACAAAAAGAGGGAAGCCAGGAGGGGGCAGAUGUGGAGAUGAAGGAUGCCCAGAAAGAGGAGGAGGAGGAAGCCGACGAGCAGGAGGAGGAGUUUUACUCGAGAGGCUCGGAGGAGUUGCUUCAAGCCCGCAUCAACAUUGCCCAGUACUCAAUCCCACGGGCGAAAAGGCGCAUCGAGUUCCAGAAGAAGGAGGCCUCGAUCCCGCUACGCACGCAUGUCAAGUUCCGCAAAGAAAUUAAAGAGAGGCUUCAGGGCUUCGAGUUGCAGGGAAGUCAAGCAGCAGGCGACCGUCAUGUCAGCAUGGUCAGGAUAUCUCCCAACGGCAAGAUGGUGGCAACGGGAAACUGGGGUGGGCAAGUUAAAUUGAUCGACAUUCCCUCCCUUGAGCACAGGCAGACGUUGCGAGGCCAUGUCAACAAGAUCAGCGGCCUUUCCUGGAUGCCCGGUGCCACUCUACCAGAAAGCAACAUUUCCGAAGAUACAGUCAACCUCGCGUCAGGCGGCGCCGAGGGCAAUGUCCUGCUCUGGUCUCUCACCAAGGACACGCCCUUGGCCACGUUAUCCGGACACGCACAGCGCGUAUGCCGUGUCGAGUUCCAUCCGUCGGGACGGUAUGUGGCAUCCGCGUCCGAGGACACGUCGUGGCGGCUGUGGGACGUGGAGACAACCACAGAGCUGCUGCUUCAAGAAGGGCAUUCGCGCGGCGUGUACGCGGUGGCCUUCAAUACAGAUGGAUCGCUCCUGGCGAGUGCAGGUCUGGACAGCAUUGGUCGUAUCUGGGACCUUCGAUCUGGGCGGACAGUCAUGAUCCUGGACGGGCACACAGAUGGUCACAUCAAACCCAUCUAUGGGCUUGAUUGGGGUGCCGAUGGGCACCGGGUACUGACAGCAUCGGCAGAUGGGUGGAUUAAGUGCUGGGAUGUACGCAAAGUACAGCGGACGGGAGGCAUUGGUGCGCACACAAGCACGGUAGCAGACGUGAGGUGGUUUAAGGGCCUUGAUGAUCCACUGCUGGGCACGCCGCCGGGCGAAGAUGAGAGGGGAAAUCAGAUACCGAAGAAGUCAGGCACCUUCAUCGUGUCGGCUGGAUUUGACCACAAGGUCAACAUAUUUUCGGCCGACGACUGGGCCCUCGUUCAAUCACUAGCUGGGCAUACGGGUCCAGUGGCCAGUGCGGAUGUGAGUAUGGAUGGGAGGUGGAUUGUCAGUGGCGGACACGAUCGGACAGUUAAGCUAUGGGGUCGCAACGACUCGGCGGGCAUGUACGGCGACUGA